AGGUGCUUUGAUCCGAUUGGCCGCCGCUCCUGCCAAUCAGAGGGGUGGGCUGCGGGUCACGUGGCUUGGUUUUAAAGGCACAGUGCAUGGUGCUGGUUCCUCAGCAGAGCCUCCCUGGCAGAGGGCACGUGGGGCAGAGCAGGGCGGGGUGUCGCAUGGAUGGAGUCAGGGGCAGGAGGGCCCAGCAGAGGUCGUGUGGCAAAUACGCCACAACCCCCGCGGACAACUAUUACCUGGCUCGGAGGAGGACCCUCCAGGUGGUGGUUAGCUCCUUGCUGACGGAAGCCGGGUUUGAGAGCGCUGAGAAGGCGGCGGUGGAAACGCUGACGGAAAUGUUACAGAGCUAUGUUUCAGAAAUUGGAAGGAGCGCCAAGUCCUACUGCGAACACACAGCAAGGACUCAGCCGACCCUCUCGGAUAUUGUUGUUACCUUGGUCGAGAUGGGGUUCAACGUGGACACUCUUCCUGCAUAUGCCAAGCGCUCCCAGAGGAUGGUCAUCACUGCACCCCCUGUGACAAAUCAGCCUGUGACUCCCAAAGCCCUGACAGCUGGACAGAACAAACCUCAUCCAUCGCACAUCCCCAGCCAUUUCCCUGAGUUCCCAGAUCCUCACACCUACAUCAAAACUCCAACAUACCGGGAGCCUGUUUCGGAUUACCAGGUCCUGCGGGAAAAGGCAGCAUCUCAGAGGCGUGACGUAGAACGGGCUUUGACUCGCUUCAUGGCAAAGACGGGAGAGACGCAGAGUCUCUUCAAGGAUGAUGUCAGCACGUUUCCCUUGAUUGCUGCCAGACCGUUCACAAUACCAUACCUGACGGCUCUUCUCCCCUCGGAGCUGGAGAUGCAGCAGAUGGAAGAAACAGAUUCGUCCGAGCAAGAUGACCAGACAGACACAGAGAACCUCCCCCUCCAUAUGAGCACGGAUGAUUCAGGCACUGAGAAGGAGAAUGCGUCAGUGCUGCAGCAAAAUACAUCCCUGUCUGGCAGCCGCAACGGAGAAGAGAACAUGAUUGAUAAUCCCUACCUCCGGCCCGUGAAGAAACCCAAGAUCCGCCGGAAGAAGUGAGCUGAGGCAGGUUGACUGCAUGGAGGAGGGAGACCAGCUCUCCUCUGACUGUUCCAGGGAGGUGUCCUCUACUACUGAGGGUUGAGUGGCAAAGGGAAGAUGAUCAUUUUGUACUGAUCCAACUCAAUGCUUGUCUCUUCCUUCUUCCCUCUCCUUUGCUUCUCCCCGUUGGCUCGGCAUGGCCAGUGCGGAAGGGGUAGCUAUCGUAGACCACCAGUCUUCAGACCAGGCACAGCCCAUCUGCUCCAGAUGUGAUAUUCCUCUUCUUUGUGGGCUGGAUUUACUUUAGGAGGAGCGGCACGAAAGGAUUUUCACUGGUUGCUGCUUCCUAGUGGACUGUGCAGAAUGCAGGGACUUCUGGGCUUCACGGUUCUCUUAUAGACUCCGUGAAAGACGGUCUCUCCCAGCUGUGAGAGAGCAUAAGCUGGGUUCAAAUCUUGUUCAGUAGAACUUCUGUUUGAACCGGAAAUCUGGCUGGAGCAGAGUGCCAGAUUUUAAAAACUUCCCAGAGUUUGGGCUAUCCAGAGACUGAGACAUGAGUUUCACAUCUGGAGUCCACCAUUCCUGGAUUGUGUUUUGGUUUGGCUCUAUUUCCUAUUUGCCUGUUCAGGAGCAUCAGGGCAGGGUUUGACAAGUGUCAGGACAGGAGGGAGACUUGCAAGUAUCCUGUUUAUCCUGGUGUUUAACAGCAAAUUACACAAAACAUUCAUACUAUUGCAGGUCAGUCAGAAAUUUGAUUUCCAUGCUUUCUGACCCAGCAGGUCUGUGAAGUGGGUCCCUUUUUACUUCACAGAUCUACUGCUUAUGUGUCUUCCCAUGUUAUUUGUGCACUUAUCUGACCAAAGCCCAAGGUGAUCAUCCUCACAUCUUUUAGCUAUGGUGCUGGAUUUUGAACAGCUUCACAUAGCAGCAGCUGAUUUUUUUUACUUUUCAGGCCUUAUUUUCUGAGGAGACCAUACAAUGAGAGGCAGAAAAGCUUAGGUGGAUUCUCAGUUCCUAAGCUAUUUGCAGUGUUGGCAGUUCAGAAUAAACUCAAGAACUAAGGACUUUUAUAUGGUAAACUGAUUGCAUACAUCAGCUAAGGAGAGUAGAAUAAAUAUAGCCCUCAAGGCUGCCACUUCAUGUUUGCUUCUCUGAUUACAGCUGCACUUUAAAGUGCAUAGUGUAGUGUUCAUACCUCUCCACUUAGACUAUUUUCUUGCAGUCAGAAUGGCAGGAUCUAGCAGCCACUUCAGACUACCUUUCAGUUCUGUUUGUUUCAAUGCAAUACAUUCCUUUGAGGUUCCACCAGCUGUUUGAAAGCUGCUGCGUCUUGAAAUGCGAAAUGAAAACCCAUUGACUGACAGUCCAUGAGAUCGGUAGCGUGGCCUGUUUUCUCCUGCUGAAAUACAGGGCUUCUGUUUGCUAGAAUCACCUCAUUUUUCAGUGCUGAUGCCUUUAUUUCUCAAGUGGAAAAAUAUGACUGGUUUCAUCAUGAUCAGUGGCCAUGGAAUGAUAAGUCAGCAGUUAAGCCUGCCUGUAGAGGCCCUUACUUCAUUAUCACUUAAUAGUUACACAAGCAAAAUACUGAUGGGCUUGCACAGUUUUGACUGAUUAAAGAGACCUCUGUAUAGGUGGUCCACACUGCAAUUAACUAUAUGCACUCAACCAGAGAGCUGCCCAGUGCCAAAGAGCUUUCUUUGAUUUAUGUAGUUGCAAGUCACAAGGCAAUUCCAUGCGUGGUUCCAGCAGCAGCAGAGAUCACAUCUCCUGUUCAUAGAUGAAAAUGCUGCACUGAGGUCAAGACAGUUUACUUCAAAUUUGCCUGACCUCUCCAGGCUCCCCUAUUAAAUAUGUUGAUUAUUAUUCUUGGAAGCAUAGAAAGUUCUAACUCCCAAUACAGUGAUCACAGUUUUAUGGAUACAUGAAUUCAUCACAAUUUUGAGCUGGGCUACACCAAAAAAUGUCAUUGCUCAAGACGGAAGAAAAUCAGACAACUGGCUGAUUAUGUAAACAUAAAAAAAAAACAAAACGGGGGGUGUGGGGGAAGAGAAGAAUGCAAGAACUUCAGUCAAUAGGAGCUGGAAGCAAAGCACAGACCUUUUUUCCCUAAGCAGUAUAGGGAAGAAAAGCAGUUUCUGGGGUGAAAAGUAGGAAAAAUCUCAAUCCCACUCAGCUCCAAAUUUGGAAAAUCAGCUGUGGAUGGUCUGUCUUUAUAUUGAAGUUAGAAGUAUUCAGGACUCUCUCAGGCUUCCUAACACCCAGCCUGUUGAGCAUUUGGGCAGGGAAACAGAAGUCAGAGAGCAGUGCCCUUCCUUCUCUCCUUAUAGGCUAGUAUCUAUGGUGUUACCCUUUCACCUUUGUCUUUCCUGUUACUUAUGUGUACCCUCCCUUCCCUCAGUGCCUGUCUCUGUGCUGAUAACCAGUAUGUUGAGUCCUUGAACAGUUUGUGAUACUGCCUCAGGAGACCUGAAUUAGUCCAUGAUACAUGCUGCAGACUGGCAGCGUUGGCCUCUGCUGCCCAUUCAUGGAAGAGGCUUUCUGUUCACUCAGCCAACGAAGGGGCAGGAUUUAUGGAUGCCGGGGCCUGCUGGUUACAUGAAGAAACCGCCCCAGCAUCUUCACUCCCACCAUGUAUCAUCAUAAGACUGCUUUUGGGAGGCAGACAAAGACUCUAUGUGCUGUGGCCAAGAUCCUGGGGAGAAAGUGUCUGUGCUGGGAUUUGCACAGUCCUUUUAGAAACCUCAUCCACUCAGAAUAUCUCCUUGGCCAAAAGCAGUUGUUGUUACAGCUAAUACUGAUGUCACACCUCUACCUAACAGUCCCUGAAUGAGAAUUCAGUGUGGACCCCUGAAUGAGAUUGGUUUCCAGAGCGAACUUCUGGUUUGCUCUCGACUUCAGGUGGACAAGGAGUGGGACUGACAUACCACCUGUACUGCCAGGUAAAAUCUCUGGAUCUGGUCCACCAGCAGGAACCAAGGUCACCUUUCUCCUUCCCAUCCCGUCUCUGCUGAAAGAUCCCUGUCUGUGCCAGCCUCAGCCCUGUCGGGCAUUGUUGUGUAUAAUGUAUGUACAUACAGACACUGUAUAUUUAUAAAAUUUCUAUUUUUGGUUGGUUUUGGAUUAGGCUUUUUUGGAUGAUAAAGAUCCUUGUUUUUUUUAAAAAAGUGGAGUGAAAAGUAGUUAUUUUUAAGUUCGUAAUAAAAUUUUAUCUUCGA